GGCUAGACGUAGCUAUCUCCAGAAGGGGCAAAGGGGGCAGAAACCGCGGUGUGCGCAAUGGAGACAAGCUGAAUGUUUGUGCAGUCACUUGCCAGUUACAUCUAUGGACACUUACUGAUUUGAGGGAUUGUUUGUUAAGAGAUGGUCAAACAGGAUCUACUGGGCUGAAGGAUUGAUGCGUAAAAAGGACCAUUCUACAGUGGCACGUUAACAUUUUUACCUUUCAGCAUUGCAACAUGGCACGUAUCCCUACCAUAGUUUUGCUAUGUGUAACAUCUAUACUGAGCGGCGCAGAGUGCGUAUCUGAGACCUGCCGGGGGACGCGCUGCUUCACUGGACAGGACUGGAGGAGACAGUGCGUCGGAGCGCACUGCCAAGGGCGCACGGAGGCAGUAGCGUCCCCACGGCAGUUUCAACACGCUGCACAAUCCAGACAAGGACAAGUCUACCCGAGUUACCAACAGGAUGCUCAUUUUAGUCAUCACCAAGCCCAAAGCGCGCCGUUAGCACCGUACACCGUCAUCCAACCUCACCAGGGAGGCUUUGCGCAACACGCGGGCACGGAUGGCACCAGAAGGACGAACCCGAGAACCAUCACGGCGGAGGUGUUCCAUCCUGGCUGCGCCGGUGGGACCUGUCCGACCACUGUCUCACAUCACCCGACGAGUGAUGACAGUGUAACACGGGAGUGCAAAGGGAUUGGAUGUAAACUUCCCCUCCGGAUGCGCCAGAAGCCCAAGCCUUGCGUCGGAGACGGAUGCGGUACGCAUGGAGGGGACGACGGGAGAGGAAACUCCUCACCUGUUCAUGUGACAGACAGGGCGGCCCAAUUUCUGGAUGAGCUUCCAGACUUUGGGUCUGAACGUGGUGCGUGGAUACAGUUGACAUGUGACAUGAAACCAGGGACUAAUGAGGUUCCUUCAGAGGACGCUCUUGUGCUGCAGCUGCAGCUGUCUAAGAGCCAAGAGAAGCUCGUUGAAGCCCUCAGGGGCCAGCAGGAUGAGGUCAGGGAGCUGCAGAGGCUCCUCAGUGAGCAGCAGGGGACGAUGGUCAACCAGCAGAGAGAAAUACUGGAGCAACAGAGGAGGAUGUAUGAACAGAUGGAACAGGUUAAAGCCCAGUACAAUGUACUGAUGGACAGCGUCAAACAAACGUCUUUCCAGAACCUCCAGGGGGGGCUAGACAGUCACAUGGAAACCUUGAGUGGGCAGGUUAGAACCCACCAAGCACAGCAGGCUCUCUCUCUGCACAAGGUGGACAUGGAGGCCAGCGUGAUGGAGGUUGGUCGCUCCCUGUUGGCCUGUGGAAGCUGUGGUCCUGACGAGUACUGUGGCUUCAGCAGCGGUCAUCCUCGCUGUGAGAAAUGUACCAUCUGUCCUGCCGGCUUCUUCCUGGUCGCCCAGUGUUCAGUCCACGCAGACAGAAUCUGCCAGGACAGAGAUGAAUGCCUUGAAAUAGCUGAUCUGUGUGGAGAUCAACAGAAGUGUCUCAAUACUCCAGGUGGAUUCAGGUGUCAGGGCAUGACAGAGCGAGAUGCGAACUCAGGAAUGUGCAGCCAUGGCUACUUCUACAACUCGGACAUGGAUGAGUGUCAGGCCUGUAAUGAGUGUGAUGGAGAGCCCGUGGCUUCACCUUGUACCUUCACCACAGACACCAUCUGCUCUGGCCCUGCUGCUGGUGACAGCGCCCUCUCUCUUUCUUGGGCUGGAGAUGUGAGCCUACCUGGCUCAAAAGGCCACAUCCUUGCUCAUGCCUUUCCUAGUGUGCAGCUUCACAUCCAGGGAAGAGGCGAUGCAGGUCUGGUGUCUGUUGAGGAUGGACGCCUGGUGCUCAGGCAGCACGGUCUGGUCUGGCUGGAUGAGAAUCUCUCUGUGAGCCACGGCUGUCGUAGUUUCAUCCAGGUGUGUCUGCGUAUGAACACCACAGACGGCUCUGAAGGUCGUGACCUCAGUGGGGUUAGGGUUGAGCAGCAGGAGGGAAGGUCGCUACAGAGCGUGAGCAUCAGCGGGGUAGCAGAGGUUGCCCCAGGUCACCUGAUCUCCAUCUUCGUCCGGAGUGCCAACCACCACUGUAACCAAAGCAGUGAAGGUCUGCAGCUGUACAACCCUUCAGCAGCUCCACUCAGUUUCUUCUGGCUCUCUCAUGACACCGGGGCUGUUGCCAUGACAGCACAGGCCAUGGUAUCUGCACACUACCAUACAAACUAUCGCCCGGUCUUCCGCACCACCUCCACCUCUGAUCCUUACGUAGUGGGGCUGACUCAUGAUGGUCGUGGGAUCCGUUUUGCAGAAAGUGGCACCAUCCGUUUUGUGUUUCAGCAGGCGUUGUACUCCAUGGGCCAGGCGUGUGUAAGCGAGGGCUUCCAGCUGUUGGUUUACCUCAACCAUAAUGGAACCGGUAUGGAGCUGUGCCGUUCCUUUAAACCAGGGGUCCACUAUCGAGACACAUCCAUUUCCCUGUCUGGAGCGGCUAAAGUUGGCCCUGGGGACACACUGGGCUUUGAGAUUCUCUCUCCUGCUCAGUGCAACGUACGUUUCUUUGGUGACGAGACAGGAAUCAGUACCCUCAGCUUGGUCUGGGUUCCUGCUGCUAUCUCUUCCUCUCUGUCUGCCACCGUGGCCCACACUGGCCUUCCCUCAGGAGCAGUUCGAAACAAGCCACUGUUCUUCCGCCAGACCAGCGCUCAGGUGUCCCAGAUGGGACUGCUAGGGAAGGCAUCCACAGAUCAGAGACGAGAUUUUGUCUUCAGGGAGAGUGGCACAGCCAGUGUGGCUCUUGAUCUCAAACUUAUUCACUCCUGCAAUCUGGUCAAGGUGACUCUUCUAAGGCGAAGUGAUCCAGAAGGGUCAGGAGGAGGUCGGGAGGCAGAAGGAGUGCGACCCGUCCCUCUGGCCCAGCAGGUGGGUGGUCAGAUGCCUGAAGGUAGUCAUUGGGCCAGUGUGAGCCUGCGGGCGUCCUUCCAUGUUCAUAACAGCACAGCGGUGUUCUUCACGUUGGACUGUGUACGUGGACGGGUCAACCAGAUUAGCCACCAAACAGGAAGUGGAGUGUCAAUCCUCUGGGUGGCAGCAUAACAUAUAAAAGACAAAGCUUUAUGAUGUUGUUUUUUAUAUGGUUUCCAGUUCAGUAGACCACUUAUAUGAUGGACUAGUUUCAUUGAUUUGACUUUAAAGGACUGUUGUGUCUGACAUUUGUUUUCUUGCCUUGAGUUAGAUGAGGAGAUUGAUAUCAUUCUCAUAUCUGCCUGUUAAAUAUGCUUAUCUUAGCAUAAAGACUGGAAACAACAGGAAAAGGCUAGCCUAGCUUUGUCCAAAUGUGAUAAAAUACACCUGUUAGCACCUGUAAAGCUCACAAAAUAGUACUUCCUGGAUGUAACUCAAGUCCUAUGAGUACGUGCAUAGCCCUCUACUUAUUGUCGCCCAUUGUCUGUGGGCACCCGAAGCUCUACGAUUUAAUGUCUUUACUGUAGAGAGACAAAACAAAAAAGGAGAGGGCUUGGAGAAGAGUGAUAACAAUAGGACUAAAUGGUCCCCAGUUAGUGCUCCCAUUAGCUGUUAUGGGGAAUAUUUUCAAGUUGCAAAAAAAUCCCCAAAAUACUCCAGCUGCCAAAUUCACGCGAGAAACGUCAGGCGAACAUUAACUUUGCGUUUGGUUUAAAAAACAUUAAAAGCAACAAGGUGUGGUUUUAUGCCAGGCUAGCUGCUUCCCCUUGCCCCCUGCCUUUGUGCUAAGCUAAGCUAAUCGUCUCUCCUGGCUGUAGUUUCAUAUUUAACAGACAUAUAUGACAGUGGCAUUGAUCUUCUCAUUUAUUCUAACUCUGAAUGAGCAAAGUUCCAAAACAUUGAACUUUUCACUUAAGCUGCUUGAUUUUAUAGUGAGUAGCCUACAGCUAAACGCUCAAAUAUGGACUUUAAUAAAAUAAAUGUAGCUUUAUGCAUCAACAACUGUAUUUAUAUAAUGCAAGUAUUAGUACUGUGUAAUGAUUUUCGCAGAAGUACAAAUGAUGGGUCUAAACAACUGUAUUCACCUUCUAAUACUGUCGAGUUUUCUGCUUUUUUAUGUUCAGAAAUUCCAUGUGCUGUACUUUGUCUGUCUUUUAUUUAUGUAAUUCAGUUACUCUGUUUGACGCCAAAGGACCUUCAAAUGAUUCCCACUGUGAAUACAGCCUUUUCUGCUGUCACAAGAAGAAGUUCACUGGUGCUGGUUUCAUUCAGGAGUGUGUUUUUUAAGAGCAUGUGUUUCCUGUUAGCUGCCAUUUUCUAAUGUGAAUAUCUAAUGCAUGCCUUGUUUAAUGACCAUAUUGUUGUUGUUUAGGCCCUAUUGACAUUACGCUGUCCUGGAGAGACAGCAUGCUAUUUCAAAUAUCAACACCUUAAGAUAUAGUUAUGCAAAUCGUAAUAAAGAGUAUAUUUGAUGUUUUACAUUAAUUACAAUAAAAAAUAAAAUAGUUUUGCUGGA